AUGAAUCAGCCCUCAAAACACCCCAUGAUCCAAGACUUCUGGCCGCUCUUCCUUACGCGCACCGUGAUCCUCGAGAAGUGUAUCCAAGGCUGCACCCAAUCCAACGCGCUCAGCAUCCUCCACGACCCUGAACAGGUCUUCCAUCUCAGCCCGCUCGUCUACAAGAUUGACCAUGAUGGCUCGUGGUACACCUUGACCGAGCGCCUGCCACUCUUCGGCAGUUACUCCACGACGAACGUCUACCAGUGCCAGUACACAAAGGUGGAGGAAGGAUAUGACUGUGACGUACGCGCGUCGCUUGGGACACGUCUGGACGUUCAAAUGCGGGUCUGCGGGGAGGGAAAGGAUGUUGUGGUGAAAGAGAAAGUGGUAGUCAAGGCUUUGUUCUUCCUCAUGCCCUACAUAAUAUUCACCAUGACCAAGGCGCAUGUAGAGUCGUCGAACUCGCUAGCGGCCAGGUUAAUCCAAAGUUGA